AUGUCCUUCAAUGAAAUUUCCAAAAUUGCAAUGUGGUGUAACCAUUAUGACACAACCAUUGCAAAUAUGCCACAUCUUGGCAAUCACUAUGAAAUUGAGGAUUAUCAAGAAUAUACGUGGCAAAUCACAAAUUGGGCAGGUUUAGAAAAGAGAAUAACAGGUCCUGAAUUUGAAGCUGGAGGUUGGAAAUGGCGCAUUUUACUUUUUCCUUAUGAAAACAAAAACUCAGAAGUUGUUUCAAUUUAUCUGGAUUUGGCUGAUAUAAAAGAAGUACCCACCAAUUGGCAUUGCUGUGUGCAAUUUGCUUUGGCAUUAUGGAACCCAGAAGACCCAACAUCCUGUGUUGUUCAUUAUUCGCAUCAUCGUUUCACUGCUGAAGAACCAAAUUGGGGAUUUACGCGAUUUUACGAACAAAAUAAGUUAUUUGUCCCAUCAGAUAAUCGUCCUCGUCCGUUAAUAGAAAAUGAUGCCUGUAAUAUUGCAACUUUUGUUCGCAUUAUAAAGGACCCAACUGGUGUAUUAUGGCAUAACUUUAAAAAUUAUGAUUCAAAAAAAGUGACUGGAUACGUUAGCUUAAAAAAUCAAGGAGCAACAAGUUAUUUAAAUGUCGAGUUGCAAUUAUUAUAUAGCAUAAAGUAUUUUCGUAAGGCAAUAUAUCAAAUCUCCACAGAAGAUGACGAACCAGUCAGAAGCAUUCCUUUGGCCAUGCAAAGUAUUUUUUAUCAAUUACAAGUAUCAGAUACUCCA